AUGGCGCCAAAGGCUAAUAUUCCAAUUAUUGACAUUGCUGCGGAGGGUGUCGACAGGACCGCCAUUGCGCGCCAACUUGUCGAUGCCGCCGUCGAACAUGGCUUCAUUUAUAUCCGCAACACGGGCAAGUACAUUGCGCUAAGCGACCAAGAGUCGGCAUUUGAUCUGUCCAAAAAGUUAUUCAAGGCACCGGUCGAGGAGAAGGCCGCCUGCACCAUCCAGAAGAACAACCGCGGCUGGUCUGGUAUGCACUCUGAGACUCUCGACCCCAAGAACCAAAAGGUUGGUGAUUACAAGGAGGCCUUCAACUUUGGCGAGUUCAAGGAUGGCAAGGCCCAGCAACCUCUGCCUCCCAUCAUUCAAUCAGAUGAGCCCUUCCUGAACUCGUUCAGAGAUCAGUGCCAUACCCUCUGCCUGGAACUCCUCGAGCUUCUCGGCAUUGGCCUCGAUGUCAACCCCACAGACUUCUUCUCGUCCGCCCACCUCCGCUCAAAGGGCGACUCGGGCACAAUCCUCCGCAUGCUCUACUAUCCGCCCACCUCAGCCACCUCCUCCAACCCAGACGACGUCCGCGCCGGAGCCCACUCCGACUACGGCUCCGUCACCCUUCUCUUCCGCCUCCGCGGCCAGGCGGGGCUCGAGAUCCUCACCCGCGAGAACACCUGGGCCCCCGUCCCCGUCACGCCGCCCGGCACCGAAGCCGACCCCUUGCCUCCCAUCCUCAUCAACAUCGGCGACCUCCUCAGCUACUGGACCAACGGCCUGUUCCGGAGCACCGUCCACCGCGUCGUGUUUGGCGGGGAGGGCGCCGAGGGCGAGACGGACACCGGGCCGAGGUACUCCAUGGCCUUCUUCUGUCACCCCGUGGGCUCCGUGGCGUUGGAUCCCGUGCCGAGCGAUAGGGUGAAGGAGUUUGUCGCGCCCGAGGGGACGCCGAACGCGAAUCCCUACGCGGAGCGCAAGGUCAUGACUGCUGAUGAUCAUUUGUUCAUGAGGCUGAGGGAGAGUUAUAAGGGACUGUACAAGGAGGAGGAGACCAAGGCAUGA